AUGCCCAAUGUCACUGCAACAACUGGAUUCAUCCUUACAGGGUUCUCUGACAUCCAGGAGCUACAGACUUUAUGUGGAGUUCUCUUCCUAGUGAUGUACAUGGCAGUCGUAAUAAGCAAUCUCAUCAUCAUCACUCUCACCACCAUUGACCUGCAGCUUCAAACACCCAUGUACUUCUUUCUGAAGAAUGUGUCCUUGUUGGAUGUCUUCUUUGUGUCUGUUCCUAUUCCAAAUUUCUUUGUCAAUAGCCUAACUCACAACAAUUCCAUUUCCACUCUUGGUUGUGUCUUCCAGGUAUUUUUAAUGACUUCAUUUGCAGCAGGAGAAGUAUUUGUCCUGACUGCCAUGUCCUAUGACCGCUAUGUUGCCAUUUGCAAUCCCUUGCACUACCAAUCCAUAAUGAGUAUUGGUAUAUGUAUGCUGAUGGUGGGUGUUUCCUGGGCUAUUGGGGUAAUAAUUGGAGUCUUAUAUACAGCUGGCACAUUUUCUCUGCCCUUCUGUGGCUCCAAAGUGAUCGUCCAGAUUUUUUGUGAUGUUCCCUCAUUGCUAAGGAUUUCAUGCUCCAAAACACUCGUGGUCAUUUAUUCAUGUCUUGGAAUUGGUGUUUGUGUGGCCAUGUCUUGCUUUAUCUGUGUGGUGAUCUCUUACUUUUACAUAUUCUCCACUGUGCUUAAGAUUCCUACUACUAAAGGUCAGUCCAAAGCAUUUUCCACGUGCAUCCCCCACCUCACUGUUUUCACUGUUUUCAUAGCUACUGCUUGCUUUGUCUAUCUGAAGCCUCCCUCAGAUGUACCAUCAAUCCCCGACAGGCUCUUUUCUGUGCUCUACACUGUGCUACCUCCAGCUCUGAAUCCUUUGAUCUACAGCCUGAGGAACAGUGAUGUCAAGUGUGCUCUGAGGAGGUUGCAGCAAAAUAUCUGCCCAAGGGUUUCACUUCAUUUAAAACUUCGAAGUAUUUUUCAGUGGUAUAGCAUCUCACAAGUUACAAGCAAGAUUUGUAAUUUUUGA